CAGCUGAAAGAAAAUAAAAGCAUCUCUAGUUCUGUUUUUUCACUAUUAAAAAGAAAAAGAAGAAACUCGUAAGCAACCUUACUUACACAGCUGGCCCCAUGCUUGGCUCCAGGAAGAAUGUAAUCCUUGACUCUAAUGCAAAGAACUUUUAAAGGCUGAGGCAUGUAAGUAGAACAUAUUUCAUGGUCAAGAGUGUUCCACAUUUCAAACAUUUCAGUUCAGCUUUAAAAGCUCCCUUGAAAACUACUGAUUGCAAAGCAAAACUUGGAAACUGACUGCUGCAUGGUUUUAAGAGAUAUAAGGCUUUUAAAAACAAUAGUUAACAAAAUAAACAUUAAUUUUAAAUUCGGAAAAAAGAAAUGCCGUAGAGAAUCAGUUUUCAUUCAAAUAACUUUCCACUUAUUUUUAACCCCUGGGAGCCCUCUAGUGUCGUGUUUGCAAAACAGACUCAGAAAUGUCAGUCUCAUGAAGUUCAAAAGAUCGAGAGUGUUUGCUAUCUUGGUGGAGCAGCUGCAGCCAAGGGAAGAACUUGUAAAAUGAGGAAUGCCAUCACCCCUCGAGUGUCCAUCCCGCAUAACUUGGGGUUAGAGCACAAGCGUUCCCAGGAACUACUCACCUUACCAUCUUGGCCAUUUCAUUUGUCUUCCACCAGUUCUGGAAAGAGAAGGCCUAGAAGUUCAGGAAAAAAAGGUGUGUCACUUGCUGUGACUGUGUGGCAACUUGCCCAUCUCCUGAGAGCCCUUGGGAAAGUGAAGGACAAUAUAUAAGGACUCCAAUCACUGAAAAGCUAAGUACUGAGUUUUUCUUUGCCGUUGUUGACCCAGGCUUGUUGCACAGAUUGCCGACCUGCAGAUGGACACCUUGUUCCUGGUUCAGUGCUGCCCAGACUCUUCCACUGGGGGACCCUAUCCCUUGCUCCUCAUAUUCCUGAUUUCUAGGAACCAUAACCCUACUAUGAUUAUAAUCGCGGCAUUAGCAUAGGUUCCUGGGUACAACCUUUGCCCUACUUAUUGUAUGGAAUUUGCUAAUAUCUUUGCUAUCCAUUCCAACACCAGGCCUGGACAGCACCAAGCUGCCCUGCUUGCCGCUGAAAAACUUUCAACUUUAUAAUCUUUGAAGUUUUGUCAUAAAAGUGUUAAAUAGUAGUCUAUACUCUAUCUGUCUUUUGACCAGUAUGCAAAAGAAGUUAUACUGAUUAUGUCAUAUUUUAUAGAAAUAGGUGCACUUUUUAUCUGACAGUUGAUUGCUCACCCCUAAGGACAUCAUUCCUGUUGACCUAAACUAGUACAUCUAUAUGCAGUAGGAGAAGUGCUUUUGGAGAAAAUCACCUGUCUCCUCAGAGCUGGUAUUACAAAUCUAUGAAGUAACACUAUGUGCCAUAGCCUAAUCACUCAUAUAUGACCCAGAGAACACCAAAUAGGCAUAUUUCCAGCAGAUAAAAUGCCUGGCAUUGUAUUGUAUUAGGUAUUCUCUCCUCUGUCUACUAUUAUACCAUGCACUUUCCUCCAUUUUCCUGGUAUGGAAAUCUCCUGCAAUAAUGCAUUUGCCUCAUUUCCCUAGGAACGUUUAUUCCAUGAUUUGAUGUUGUGUCUGUGUUAGAAUGGUUCUGCCACAUGACCAGAAACUGGGCGAUGUCUGCAUGAACAUACUCUGAUAUGGUAAACAGAUAAAACAUAUGACAGCCAAUUUGGCAUCUAUUUGAAAUAAUAGACAUGUACAAAGUUAUUAUUUCACUUCUUAAUAAUUAGAUAAUUCAUGCAGGUUAGAAUAAUUUCCAUUUGUUUUAUAGUUCUAAAACCUGAUAAUUCAUAGAGUCAUCAUGGAAUAAAGUAAGAAUUAGGAAAAUUGGAGGUUGCCCUGGGUUUCUUCAAAAAGCCCCCACACAAUCUAGACAACUAAGCUUCUCUGUUUCAGAAAUGGGCACUCAAGGUCCUGAUACUCUGCUCCAUCUCUGUCCCCAGGGCACACACACAGAGGAGAAACCAGGACAGACACACUGGCUCUAGGUCAUUCUUGGCAGAGACAGAACAACUCACGCAGCAGUAGUUUUCUGUCUUUGUAAAGGAGUAAAGAUUGGAUAAAACUGUCUCAACCCUUGGGCUCUUUGCAGGAAACUAGUGCAGACCAACAGAUUAUUUUUUCUCUCCUCACCUAAGGUAUAGUUUAUGUAAAAGAAAAAAAUCUACAGAGUACAUUUAAAGAAAGGAAAGGCCCCUGGCUUCACUAGAUUAAAUUUGGAACAUUAGAAAUGCAUUGGGAUUAUAAGUAAACACCUUAAACUGCAGGAGAAGAAUGUAGAGAGAAAUUUGGAAUCGUUUAUUCAUUUGUAUCUGGUAGUUUUGGAACUGAGUUGGAUCACCUACUGUGAUUCUGACAUAUGUAGCCUAUCUGAUACAAUGUUGGGGUAUGUAACUACAUACCCAAGUUUUAAGAAUUGAUAGUGAAACUGGAUUGGAAAAGACAGACUGGGUUAAUGUUACAUACUCUACCCAUUCACCCACUCCCACCUCCCCAGCACUGUGGAUUCAAGCACCAGAAAAGAAGAACUACAGGAAGGCACUGAUGGAGAUAUUUUCAUAUAUUAUUCUGUGCAAUAUCAAUGCAUCAGCAGCCAUUGGCUUGCAAGGUGAAGAAAUAUGAUGCAGGGUCAGGGAGCAUCUCAUCCUUUCCAUUACCUCUCAGGUAUUGCAACUUCUGGAGCACUGGUGGGUAGCUCCCAUGGUGUGGACUUCAGGGUUGCCGUAGAAGGCAGCAACAGCAGCAGGUGAAGCAGUAAGUUGCCCAUAAGUAGCUGCACAGAGAGAAAACAUCCAUGAGAGAGGCUUGUGUGUGGUAACCAGAACUACCUGGGUUAUAAGCCUAUGAACUACAAGACUAAGCAUCCCUAAGACACAAUAAGUGCUUUUCGGAGAGGUGCUGGACGUCUUGUUUUACGCAGGAGGGUAAAAGUCAGUACAGUUCAAGUCACUCCUGCCAAAGAAUGCUAGGUAGCCAUGGGCUAGUGAGACUUGGAGAAAUGUACGUUGCACAACAGUUUAAAAUUUAUUGAAGACCUACUCAACGCUUGUCACUAAAGCUGGAUUCUGUGGGGAGUACACAAUGUGUAAGGCACUGCCUGGACAUUAACUGAAUUAACAAGUGCAUGAAUGAAUGAACAUAUUAAGAUGGUAAAACACAUCCCAAGGCCAGUGGUUCUCAAAGUGUGACCCUGGACCCGCAGCAUCAGCUUCACCUAGAAAUUUGUUAGAAAUGAAAAUCCUCGAACCCCACCUGAGACCUACGGAAUCGGAAACUGGAGGAGAGUCUUGUUUCAAUACAGAUAUUGAAACAAGCCCUCCAGGUGACUGCCCUAGUGAGAAGCCCCAAAACGAAUGGGGCAGGCCAGGAGGAAGACAGUAAGAUGCCAAAAGAAGGUGGACAGAAAAGCAAAAAGUUGGGAGACGAUUCAAAACAAUAUUUGCAGUUUAUCUAAGGUUAUUCUAUUCUUUUUCCUGUCUUUAUGAGAGUUCCAUUUCCUUCCUGAUAUUUUAUCCUUUGGAUCAAAAACACAGAAUGUGUUAACAUCACAUACCCUGCCCAGCCACCCACUCUCACCUACUCAGCGCCAUAGAUUCAAGCUCCUUCUCAAAGCAAGUUCACAGCAUGUAGAAACUGGAAAAAGAAGGAAUUUGAGAGAGACUACAGUUCACAGCCCAUGGAAUGAAAACCAGGAGCACUCAUGGCUGGGUGUGGAGGGACUGCCUAAGGAAAAGUGCCAGAGAAAAAUCAAUCCUUGACAGCCCAUCACCAGUUAUGAAUCCAUAAAGACUCCUUUUAUAGUAAAAUCACACUGUUUUCCAAAGGGCAGUCAUUGGGUUCCCAUGGUCAUGUAACAUGUAGCAUAGCCAAAAAUUAUAAGCCUAAAAGCUUUUGGUUAGAAGCUUGGAAUGGGUUCUGAAAUAAAAAGAUGAAAAGAUACCAAGGAGUAUAACACAGAGAAAAAAAAUUGAAUAUUUUUAUAAGAAUGAACAUGUCGUUCUCUAAAUAUAACACACUCCAAUUAUUUUUCCACAGGAAAUGACCAGUGCUUUGGUUAAGAAUGCAUAUUAUAUUGCAGUUCUUUGGGGAAUGAAGCCACCCUUGACUGAGGUAUUACGCCAACUCUCACCCUGUGAAUCUACUGACUGGGGAACACUGCUUAAGAAAAUCACACAGCUGUGUCAACAGGCAAGCUUCCAGGAUGGCUCCCAGUGAUCCCCACCCUCCUGGUAUCCACACCAUGAUGCCAUCUGCUUACACUCUAAAUCAGGGAUGAACCGUGUGACUAAUAGAACACUGCAGAAGGGAUGAUGUGUGACUUCAGAUGCUAGGUCACAGAGGGCAAGGACACUGCCCCCUUCUUGGAUUUCUCACUCUGUGGAAAGGCAGUAACAUUCCAUGAGACAAGCAGUCCUGUGGUGAGGCCCAUGUCAAGAAGGCCUGAGAUCUCCCAACAUCAACUAUAGCCAAUUCAUCAGUCAUUCAUAGGUUAGCUUUUCAAGACACUUCCUGCAUCUCUGACCUGUUGCACCUCUGUUAUCUUAGCAGCAAGCACCUGCUUCAGCUGACCUUUGAGUCAUAACCCAUAAGCUCCUGAAAAGUACAUCAAGUCUAAAGUGAACCAGCUAAACUCAUCAAGACUGGAACCAUGAGCAAUAAUGGAGCAGACCUAACCUUUGGUUACAUCUCCUGUUUUGUAGCUAUCCUUUUGUUUGGCUCAAAUUUUGUGCCACUUAAAAAAUUUGAUACUGGUGAUGGAAUGUUUCUCCAGUGGGUCCUUUGUGCUGCCAUAUGGUUGGUUGCCUUGGUGGUCAAUCUGAUAUUGCAUUGCCCGAAGUUUUGGCCUUUUGCAAUGCUUGGAGGCUGCAUUUGGGCAACAGGGAACAUUGCUGUUGUCCCAAUUAUCAAAACCAUUGGAUUAGGCCUUGGAAUCUUAAUCUGGGGAUCAUUUAAUGCCUUAACUGGCUGGGCAAGCUCAAGGUUUGGUUGGUUUGGAUUGGAUGCAGAAGAAGUGUCAAAUCCACUGCUAAAUUACAUUGGAGCCGGGCUCUCAGUAGUAAGUGCUUUCAUAUUUUUGUUCAUCAAAAGUGAAAUACCAAAUAACACGUGUUCCGUGGAUACCACUCCAUUAAUAACAGAGCCUGUGAUCAACAAAACUCAAGACCCCUGUUCCUGGGUGGAUAAACUUUCUACAGUACACCACCGCAUAGUGGGCUGCAGUCUUGCAGUGAUAUCUGGAGUACUCUAUGGAUCUACAUUUGUGCCAAUCAUCUAUAUCAAGGACCACAGCAAAAGAAAUGAUAGUAUAUAUGCAGGGGCAAGCCAAUAUGAUUUAGACUAUGUUUUUGCACACUUCAGUGGCAUCUUUCUUACAAGUUCUGUCUACUUUCUGGCCUACUGCAUAGCCAUGAAAAAUAGUCCUAAGCUAUAUCCUGAAGCAGUCCUACCAGGAUUCCUGUCAGGAGUACUUUGGGCAAUAGCUACCUGCUGUUGGUUCAUAGCAAAUCACUCUCUGAGUGCUGUGGUCAGUUUUCCAAUAAUCACUGCUGGUCCAGGAUUUAUAGCUGCAAUGUGGGGCGUCUUCAUGUUUAAGGAAAUAAAGGGUCUACAAAACUACCUAUUAAUGAUUCUUGCAUUUUGCAUCAUCUUGACUGGAGCCUUAUGCACUGCUUUUUCUAAAAUGUAACAAUGACAAGACCAGCAGAUGGCAGCAAUGGUUAAGCGAAUCUGUCUAUGGGACCGCAGAGAGAUUAUGCUGAGAGAAGAGUGCAUUUUCAUACAGCAAAUGGAUCUCGACCACUGUUGCAGUGGGUAAAUGAUUUUUUCCCCAAAAAUGUGAGAAUGAAGGAAGACUGAGUUUCAUUCAAGUAUAAAAAUGAAAAUUUCUUCUGAUGAACUGUUUAUGAAGGUAGUACUUUACUGGGUGACUAAAAUGUCUACAUUAUUAUAACAUUACAUGUGAGGAUGCUCAUUUUACCACAAUAUGUAUCUCGUGUUGCAUAAUCUAGAACACAGUAUACAGUCCAUAUGCAAAGAAGUUACAGUCCAAAUUUCUCACCUAUUAUCCCAGUGAAGUGAGGCAGAAAUACCUUGGGCAAGGAGGGAGAGCCUUACCUUCUAAUAGAAGUAGAUUCCAUAGAUAUUUGGAUCCUUUGUUUAAUAAAGUAAAUGCAUAGUUGGUAACUAAAUGUUAAAAAGGCCAUUUUGUUAUGUCUACCCAAAACUUACGUUUAUUUCAAGUUAAUAUUGCCCAACUCUACAUCAUCUACCCAUUUUAGCUCAUAAUGCUUUUGAUUAUCGCCAGAUAAAGUCCAUUCUCAGAGAACAAAAAUUUUUCAUCAUUGAGAAUAUGUGCAUAACAUAAUACAUACAUACACAAGUAUAUGCACGUACAUAAAUACACACAGAUAUGUUGCUAAAAUGAGAUUCUAGGUUAUCAGUAACAAUUUAAAGGAACCAACCACUCUUUUGAAUGUACAAUUAUUUUUUUUCUGAAAUACACUUUUCUAAAACCCUCUUAACUGGAGGUUUUCCUGUUUUCUUCUUGUUUUAACUGGUGGUUUCCAGUAGGCAAAAUAAAAUGACAGGCAUGCUAGUAUUAUUUGUUUGUUUGUUUGUUUGUUUUUUAAGAAAACUGAAAUUAAGCCAGACAGGGUGGCACACCCCUAUAAUCCCAGCUACUGGGGAGGCUGAAGCAGGAGGGUCACUUAGCCCAAGAGUGCAAAUCUGCCAGCCUGGGCAACAUUGCAAGGUCCCAUCUCUGAAAAAUAAAUUUAAUUUAAAUUUGUAAGAAGAAAGAAAACUGAAACAGAACUGCUAGUACAAUGUUUGCUGCAAUUAUUUCUAAAACUUUGAAAUAACAUAACCCCUAUUCAAAUGUAAAUUUUACCCAUUCCCACCUGAUAGUACUGUUUAUUACUUUGCUAUGCAGGAGAAACAAAACAGCAUUCUAUUUGUGUGUAUACCCUGAAGUCAAUGUGCAUGGGUUAAAUCCCACCUCUGCUUCAUUUUAUUUGUGUGACUUUGGACAAGUUCCUAAGCCCUCUGUGUCAGGCCCCUCAUUUACAAAAUCGACUUUAUGAUGGCAUCUACCUCACAUGGUUAUUGUGUUGUUAAAGUUAGUUAAAAUCUGUAAAGUAUGUUGAUGAGUAUCUGAUACUUCGCAAACACUAUGUAAUUGUUAGCUUUUAUUAUGUGUUGUUUGAAGGGGAAAAAAGUUUUUGUAGAUUGUAGAAUACCACUUAAGAGCUACUGAGCUCACCACCUUCCCAUCCAAACAAUUAUUACUCCUCUAAAUGAAUACUACUUAAAAGUGGAGCUUAUGUUUGUUUAUUGACUUGCUAAUACAAAUAAAUAUUUGAUUAUAACUUCUUAUACUCAUUUCAAUUUUAAUCUGAAAUGUCAUUAAAUUAUGCUGAUAAACUGAAUAAAUCGUGAUACAAAA